UAAUUAUUUAAGAAUUAAAAAUCUAUAAUACUAACAGCUAUAUUCAGAUAAAGCAAUGCUGGAAAGAAAAUGAUAAGUUUUUGCCAAACAUUUUACAAAAGUUUAGUGUUCAACUUUAGAAGAUUUUCUGGAUAUCAUUAAAUAUAAAGUUGUCAUUCAACGGAAGCGAUUGUUGGGAGCUAAUCAUUCAGGAAAAUAUUUUAUUGAUAACACUAUGGUAUGUUGUAAUAUUGAUGUGAGAACAUUGUGACUUCCUCCAGACAUAUUUAAGAUCAUUUAAAAGCUUCCAUUAGCCUAUUGUGAUACAUUUACACACAUUUUAUCUUGACACAAAAGCUAAAAGCUGGAUAACUAAAUUGAGAGCAAGAAGCAUUUCAAAGGACACCAUAUAUAGUCAUGUUAGCCUAGCACUUAAUGAUACAGUCAAAAGUAACUUGUUUAUCAAUUUUUCACCACGGAGGAAGUCAUAUGCUAAAUCAAUGACCAAAUUUACAACAGUUAAGACUGCAAACACCAAUAGUCAGUAUGAAACAAAAGUGAAGAAAACAAAUGGACUAACAAGCUUCUUUUAUCAAUUGAAGGUUGUGAGAAAGAGCUAAAAAAGGGAUUAAUUUACCUAAAUUCACUUAGGCCAGACUCUGAAAAAACAGUUCAAGAAGGACAAAUGAAUGAUAUGUGGGAGCUCAAUAUAUUAGAGCUUAAUCAUAAAACUAUUAGAAUAGCAAUGACAACUUGAAUUUUGCACGAAAAGUAUCGCAAAGAUGAAAAAACUGCUUGAAGAUUUUGCAGGAAAUACCACCGCACAUGGUUGGGGCAAUGUUAUAAAAAGUACAACCAAGAUAGGAAAAGCUGUGUGGAUAGUCAUCACAUCAGGAUGCUGUAUAGUGGCCUUAUAUCUAAUCAUCAAUGUUAUAAUACGCUAUGGCCAAUUUGACACAAAAGACAGAGUUAGGGUCACAAAGGAUGAUGCCGUUUUUCCCUCUGUAACAAUAUGCCCCUUAUCACCGGUUUCCAGGAAGGGAGUCGUUAAUUAUGGCAAAGAUGUGAAAGACAAUUUUGAACUUUCAGCUUUUAACAACUUAAUGAACACAUUAGAACAAUAUGAUUUAAACAUUUCCAAUCUGUUGGAUGCAAGUCAAGAAGUACAAAUGUUAUACAAUCAAUCCUUUAAAAGACUCAACACCAAUAGCGGACAAUAUGAAAAUUUUCAACUGUCUCAGCUUCUGAGAUACACCAUGACCCAUGAGGACUUCAUACCGUCUUGCAAAUAUCAAGGAAACAAAUGCAAGGAAGAACCUUACCGAAGUGGCCAUCAUGCACAUUUCAACUGCUUUACUUAUAAUGGACCCUCAUCAAAUAUCCCUGGUUUAACAUCUGAAAUUGCAGGACCAACUGCUGGUUUAUCCUUACUCCUCUUUCUGGAUACAGAUGAAGAUUUUUCAACUUCGUUUGACCCAGAUUAUCCGACUUCUGGUAGUCAGGGUGUUAGAGUUGUAAUUCACGACCGAGGGACAUUACCCGAUCCAGAAAAUGAUGGGUUUGAUAUCAAGGCAGGAAAUUCUGUCAACGUUGCACUUUCUGCUAAGAGACGUGAGCUAAUGAUCCCACCCUGGGGUGAAUGUGUUGAUCAUAAUGAUAUAAGAUAUGAUGUGUGGAAAUACAGCACUAAAGCUUGUACAUCAAUAUGUCUGCAGAGGAUGAUUUAUAAAACAUGUGGAUGCAUCCUUGGAUCACUACCAGUCGAUGACCAAACUAAAAACGCUGAGUUCUGCGCAAAUAUCCAAGCUGUUGAAUGGCUGAAAGAAGACCCCAAUGUGACAAUACUCAGACAAGAUUUGGAACAACUGAAUUGUUCCAUGCAAGAGUAUACCUGGACAGAUGUUCUUGCGCAGGAAGGUUGUGAAUGUAAAGAAAACUGUAGCAACAACAAAUAUGACAUCACAAUAUCUGAAUCACAAUGGCCAAUGAAGGGCAUUGAGUUUAACUUCUAUUGUAAAUUGAUCGUAAAGCUUGACAAUUAUGAGAAUUCAAGCAUUUAUGAUGUAUUUCACCAAAGGAUAUCUCAGCAAUGUUCAAACAAUUCAAUGGAAAACAUCAGGGUUGUCAACAAACAAGUCGGAGAUGACUUGCGUGAGCAAUUCAUCAGACUCAAUGUGUACUUCAAAGAUUUGGACACAAAGAUCACAACUCAAACUGAGGAUUUUACAUUAGGUUCGAUGGUAUCUGAAAUAGGCGGAAGCUUGGGUUUAUUGGUAGGAAUGUCAGUGAUUUCUAUGACUGAGGCAUUUGUUUUAUGGUACGGAAUCAUAGUUGGAUUACUGACUAAAUUUAAACGGAAAUCAAAGGUGGAAACUUUGAAAGAUAAAAUGAAAAACUGAAUUUCAAUUUUCAUGACUUUUGUUAAAAGGACUUAUCUAUUCGAAUGAACACAAAGUGACGAGUGUUUCUAAUUCACAAUAAUUGAGUCAUGGGAAGACUUUUGAAUUUUGACUCACAUCAGAGCGGGGCAUUCAGUGUUGCCUAAUUGACCAUGUUGACAAAACUUAAAAAAAUUGAAAAUUUUAAACGCUACGUAGCACUUUCUUUUAAUCUUUGCUUAGAAUCUGUGGUUCUUUAGUACAAAUCAAUACAUAUGAUAAAUGCAAAAAUUUACCAUACAUGUACC